CUUGGCUCUUUUCUUAGCGCAGCUACAGCAGGAAGGUUAUUCCAUAUUUGUGAUCCGGGGAAGCCUGCCGGAAUGUGAAGCCGAUCAGAUUUUGCGGAUCAUGCGAGUGGAGCAGCAGCAGCGGCCCAAGCUGAUCGGAGAGGACGAGGCCCAGAGGAUGUCAGUGCAGCAGACGUCAGACCCCGGACACACCGCAGAUGAAGUGCUGCUGGAUGAGGAUGAGGAGGAGCUGAGGAAGGCUCUGGCUCUUAGCAGACAGGACGUGGAGGUGGAGGACGAGGAGGCCGACCUGCGCAGAGCCCUUCAGCUCAGCAUGCAGGGUGAGAAACACACGUCAGGUGGAAGCGAUCCCAGAAGCCCCAGCGCCACUGUGACGGCGGGCUCGUCUCACGAAUCGGGAAGAGGCGAGAAGGAAGCGAUGACAGCGGAGGAGCUGCGCAGGAGGAGACAGGCUUACUUCGACAGGCAGCAAGCUCAGUCCACCGCUCACCACAGCAGCUCCGCCGACGGAGGGAAGGACAGCGGGACCAAACCCAGCCAGUGACGGUCCAUCAGCGCCGGUGACGGACGCCCUGAAUGCCCUCGACCCGACCUCUCUCUGGGAAUGAUGGGACUCACAUCUCCUCUCAGAACUGGCCCGGGACCGAUCAGGUCCUGCUGUGUAAUAAAGGGACAUUCGUUUAGCUUCGCUUCUCCUCUUUGAGUUGAACGAAGUGAAAGGGAAGCCUUUCCCGAUUCAUUCCUCUUUCUCAGACAGACACACGAGCGAGACGAGACCGCGGCGUGAGGAGGGAGCUGUCAGCGCUGGGAUCACUCCUGCAUUCUGGGACCAUUGGGCUUUACUGGCGUUACUGGAUCUCUGUUCUUCUCCUCUGUGGACUGUAGUGAAGACCUUCUGCUGGUCACCGGUGAGCGGCGGGUGACGUGCCCUAGGUAGACGGCUCAGUGAGGGCAGAUGCUGCUGUGGAGAUCAGUCUUCAUACAGAUUCAGACCUACACUUGUUUUAGUCGUUCAUCAGUCGUCCCUCUUUUGGAUCUAGGUUGUGAUUUCUCAUGGUUUUCACAUUCUUUUCUAUGAUUUCAUGCGUUUGGUGGCACAGCAGCGUUUCUGAACUAGUUUCACAUUCAGCAGUAGUUUUUAAGUGAUUGGUUAUUCUUGAACUCCUAUAUACACUUACUGUUUCUUAAAUAAAAACGUUUCUUUUCC